UCCUCCUUUACCUUUGCCUUCUCUCUCUAUCUUUCUCUAAGCUCUCCUCUCCUCUCCUCUUCCUUUAUCUCUCUCUAAAGCUCUCCCCUUUGUUUUUAUUGAUGUAAUUCUCCACUUCUUCAUAUAAGCCUUCACCCAAAAGAAAAAAUCCCAACUUUACUUCCUUUAUUUGCUCAAAGAAACAAAACAAAACUAAAGAGAGAAGAUAUCAUCAAAGAAGAAAAAGAUCAAAGAUGGUUUUUUCUUCAUUUCCUACUUAUUCUGAUUCAUCAAACUGGCAACAACAACAUCAACCAAUCACAUCCACCGUUGGAUUCACGGGAAACAACAACAUCAGCCAGCAAUUCCUCCCUCAACAUCCUCUCCCACCGCAACCGCAACAAACGCCUCCACCACUUCACCAUAACGGUAACGGUGGAGGUGGUGGUGGUCCCGGUGGGCCUGGUGGAUUAAUCCGGCCAGGUUCGAUGGCGGAAAGGGCAAGGCUAGCCAACAUACCACUGCCGGAAACAGCCUUAAAAUGUCCAAGAUGUGACUCAACCAACACCAAAUUCUGUUACUUCAACAACUACAGUCUCACUCAACCUCGCCACUUCUGCAAAUCCUGCCGCCGUUAUUGGACUCGUGGCGGAGCUUUAAGGAGCGUUCCUGUUGGUGGCGGUUGCCGUAGAAACAAAAGAACCAAAAACAGCGGUGGUGGCGGAGGCGGCGGUAGCAGCAGUAGCGGUAAUAGUAAGUCACAAGACAGCACCACAAGCAACGACCAAUACCACCACCGAGCCAUGGCUAAUAAUCAGAUGGGACCACCGUCUUCGUCAACCUCUCUGAGCUCGUUGCUAUCUUCUUACAACGCCGGAUUAAUCCCCGGACAUGAUCAUAACAACAACAUACUUGGGCUUGGAUCAUCUUUGCCUCCUCUCAAGCUCAUGCCUCCUUUAGACUUCACUGACAACUUCAACUUACAAUACGGUGCCGUGUCAGCUCCUUCUUACCAUAUAGGCGGUGGCAGCAGCGGCGGAAGCGGAGGAGGAGCGUCGGCUCUUUUGACUGGGUUUGACCAAUGGAGAUUUCCCGCAACUCAUCACCAACUUCCUUUGCUAAGUGGUUUAGACAAUUCUUCGUCUUCCGGAUUAUACCCGUAUGAUCAACAAACUCAAACGGGUAUGGAGCAGCAGAAUCCGGGCUACGGGUUAGUCACCGGGUCGGGUCAGUACCGACCUAAGAACAUCUUUCAUAACUUGGCUUCGUCUUCUUCUUCGUCUGCUUCAUCAGCUAUGGUUACAGCCACGGCCUCUCAAUUAGCUUCAGUGAAAAUGGAAAAUAGUAACAAUCAACUCAACAUGUCUAGACAACUUUUUGGGAACGAGCAACAGCUUUGGAAUAUUCAUGGAACUGCAUCAACCGCAGCCGCAACAACUAGUUCGUGGAGUGAUGUCUCUAAUAAUUUCAGUUCUUCUUCUACUAGCAAUAUAUAAUCAGUCAUUUCACUCUACGGAAUCUAUUGUGAUGAUGAUACUUCUAUUUAUUUCUUAUUGGGUGUGGACGUGUGGUAUGAUCUUAUGUACUUAGUUAAAAGUUGGUACAUCGAUCGAUCUUUUAGGUUUUUGUUUUUUUUAUAUUACAUUACAACUACUAGUUUUGGGUUUUGUUUUUUUAUUUUAUUUCUGGAUUCUCUUAGUUGGUUUUUUCAGGCUGAAAUUAGGGUUUUUCUCAUUGCAAAUUUUUAUCUUUCAGUUGAAGAAUGAGGAUAUUAUCAUUCAUGCGAGUAGUACGGUGUUUGUAAGAGUUAGGUAUGUUCUAAUUUAAACUAUUGAAUGAGGCUCAUCGUCUU